AUGCAUAACCCAAUUUCCUAUUCACCAAAUUUUGCAAUCACUUUAUCCAGGAUAUCUAAGUCUCGCAAUAUUUCCAUAUUAGGAAAUCUGCGGCGCACUUCUGAAAAAAUUAUUCCUCAUCACCAAAACGAAAAAAAAAGAAAAACUUCAAUUAAACCUGAAAAAAAAAAAAUACAAGAUGAUGAUGCAGACAUUGGAUCACAAUUUCAACAAAAGAAAAGAUCACACCAUUUCCUAGUAACUAUAAUGUCCGUUGAAGUUAGAAAAAGACCAUCUGAAACUUUAAGCCUGGCUUCAAAAAGAAGAGCCACUGUGCAAUCAACCAAUCCAAAAGAUGACAGUGGAUUAUCUCAAUGUUAUAAGACUGUAACUACUUCCUUAUAUGUUUCUUUAGCCCCUGUUCAUUUACAAAACCCUAUAAAUGGUAUUAAACAACAACAUUUGGAUCCAUUAAUUAUGACUUACUUUGCCAAAGCUAAAGGAGUUGUCGUUGCAUAUUCAAAUAUUAGGUUCUUAGAAGAAAAUGAUGAAUCCAGUCAUAGUCUUGCUAAAAUUGAAGGAAGUUCACCAUUUACAUUCAUGUGGAUCUCAGUAGAUUUCUUAUGUUGGUGUCCACAAGUGGGUGAUGUUUUAGAAGCUGACGUAUACAUGCAAACACCAUCCCAUAUUGGUCUUUUAAUAAAUGAUACCUUCAAUGCAAGUAUAAAGAAAUAUAAUAUCCCAACUUCAUGGACUUUUAAAUCCAAUCAAGUCGAUGAAGUUUCAAGCGAUGAUAAGAAAACUUUUGGACAUUGGCUAGAUGAAAAUGAAACUAAAAUUGAAGGGAAAUUACAAUUCACAGUUAAAGCUAUAUAUACCACUGGUAGAGUUGUUUCUGUCGAAGGUACUUUAAUUAAACCAGGUGAAGAAAGAAAUGCCCAACCUGUGUACACUGAAAGACAAGAAAAGAAACCAAGCGGUAAGCAUAUGAAAUUUGAUGAUGACGAAGAUGAUCAACAAGAAAAUGUAAUUACCACUGAAAUUGCUGAACCAGAUGAAAACGAAGAGUUACCAGCUUAUGUCAAAGAUUCUGACGAUGAUGAAGAUGAAGGUGAAGAUGGUAAAGUCGUGAAUAAAUCCGAUUCAGAAGAAGAUAUCGUCGAAUCAGAUUAG